UGUCUUUCCAUGCCUCUUUUUCACAUUCUCCUCCUUCCUUGAGAUAUUUUUCUUCCUCUCUCAACAAAGAUAGACAGCCAAUGGUUGGUGAUUAAAUAAGGAACUAUAUCCGUAGCUCCGACGAUUCUUCUUCUGUAGACGAAGACAUAACUUCUUCUAUGUAUUCCUCGGGAAAAGAGUGUAUGCCUACAGAAUGGACCGAUGAGAAGCAUAGUCUGUAUCUUAAAUCAAUGGAAGCUUCAUUCGUAGACCAGCUUUAUAGCUCCCUCGGUUGGAGUUUGAUGAGCAAGGAGAACGUAGGAGGAAACCCAUCUGAAGAACAGUUCAAGGUUUUUCGUGAUGGUUUCUGGCAGAAGAUGAAUGUAAGACAGCCUCAUGAGUAUCGUGUCAAAGGAAGAAGACAGGGUGGUGGUUCUAACCAUGAGUUUCUUAAGAGUCCGUGGAUCAAGCACUAUAGGACCAUAGGAGAGGUUUCUGACCAGAACUUUGCCAACGAAGUAACAAAAGGCGAAAAUAGUGGAAGCUCGAAGAAGAUAAAGACAGUGAUGAACGGAUCGUCUAGUACUGAUCAGGUUGUUCCACUCAGAAAAACUCCAGCAGACAUGACGUAAAUUGAACCCUCAUCGUUAGUUGAAACACAGUGUUUUUGUGGUAGCCUGUCUCCCUUUGUAAUCCAUAUAUAUAGCACUGCUUUUGCUGAUACCAAGACUAGAUGUUCGGACAAGAACCCUGUGCAGCAAGAAGAUUACCACGAAUGCGUUUGCAUCUGGUUUUAUCGUGUGAUGUGUUUGAUUUUAAAUCAAAAGUACUCCUUUUUCUGCCUUUUCUUUUUAUCUUAUUUUGCUUUUGCUUUUUGUUUGGUGUGUUACAUGCAUAUGAUAUGAUGUUUGCUAACUUGGAAAUUUACUAGUAAAAUAAUAUAUUACAAAUAAUAAUUUUAAUUCGUUGAUGA